UCCGGCGAGGCUGCCCUGGAGGCUGGCGGUCGGUCGUUCACCGGAGCUCAGAGGCGCUUCCCGGUUCCGGUUCUGAUGAUAAAGCCGUUUACCGCGCCGGUGCGCGCGCUGCUGGUCCAGACGCCGUGUGUAACAGUAAUAAUAUCAGAUGUGAUUGAUUGAUAGAUCACUGUCGGAUCUAAUGGCGCGCGGCGGCGGGAAGAAGAAGCGCGUUCGCUUCGCGCGCGCGGAGGAGGAGACGCUGUUCGAGCAGCGCGCGGAGCCCCGGGAGCAGCAGGCGCGCGCCGCCGAACGGGGACACGGCGCGUGCGGCAGGUGGAUGGUCACCAUGACACUGUGCGGCUCGUUCCUGGGACUGGGAAUGUCUAUCUCCGUUUUGGGGCCGACGUUAGAGGAUCUGGCCAAAAACGUCAAUAAAAACAUGAGCAACAUUUCUUACGUCUUCGCCGGCCGUGCGACGGGCUACAUCGGGGGGUCUCUGGUGGGGGGCGUCCUGUUCGACUUCCUUAACCCUCAUCUGCUCCUGGGGUUCGCGAUGUUGCUGACGUCGUUCGGGAUGUGUGCGAUUCCGUUCUGUAAGAAGGCUCUGAUCCUCACCCUCCUGGUCUCCAGUGUGGGCGUGUCAAUGGGCAUCCUCGACACAGGUGGGAACGUGUUGAUCCUGAACACGUGGGGGGACCAGGCCGGACCCCACCUGCAGGCUCUCCACUUCACCUUUGCCGCCGGGGCCUUCGUCUCGCCAAUCAUCGCCAAGCUGCUCUUCGGCCACGACGACCGGAACACGUCCGUGACGACCGACGCUAACGCUAACAACUCCAAGACCGGCGCCUCGAUUCUGACCUUCUUCCAGAGCAAAGGAACCAUCCUGAUGUCCAUGUGGGCUUACAUCGUCAUCGGCGCCUUCAUCCUGCUGGUGUCGUUUCUCUUCUUCGUCAUGUACUCCCGAAGCUCCGCCUCUUCGAACCAGGCGUCUUCGUCUUCGGGGAAGCAGCUGGUCGCCAAGCACCACACGGCGCUGAUCGUGCUGCUGUCCAUCUUUUUCUUCUGGUACGUCGGCGCCGAGGUGGCGUACGGUUCCUUCAUCUUCAACUAUGCCAAGGACUACGUGGGCAUGGAGCAGCCGCACGCCGCGGGGCUCAACGCGCUCUUCUGGGGGUCGUUCGCCGCGUUCAGGGGUUUAGCCAUCGUGUUCGCGACCUGCAUGUACCCCGGCACCAUGAUCCUGCUCAGCCUGAUCGGCUGCACCCUGUCGUCUGUGCUGCUGAUUCUGUACAGCCGCCACACGGUGGCGCUGUGGUCCUGCACGGCUCUAUAUGGCGCCUCCAUGGCAACCACUUUCCCCAGCGGGAUCUCCUGGGUGGAGCAGUACACGGAGGUGACCGGAAAGUCCGCGGCGGCGUUCGUCGUCGGCGCAGCUCUCGGGGAGAUGGUACUUCCGGCUUCGCUGGGCUUCCUGUUGGGACACGUGAAGGAUCAGCCGCUGCUGAUGUAUCUGACUCUCAUAACUGCCACCAUCACCUCCAUCCUCUUCCCCGUCAUGUACAAACUGGCAUCACCAGGAGGGGGCGCUGCGGCGAGGAAGUCACGAGGCAGAGGACGCGGGGACGCAGACGAGAGCGACCGGCAGGCUCUGCUCCAUUCUGUCGCCAACGACGACGAGGAGGCGGAGCCAGAGGAGGACGGCGGCGGUGGCGAUUCAGAAGCUGACCAGUGGAACGACGCGGACUUCGAGGUGAUCGAGAUGGACGACACGAGUCUCGUUAACUCGCCCAGUAAAGUCAGCGCCUCGCCUCCCGACGCUUUGUCCAGCUCCAAGAACGCUCUGGCUUCCUCCGUCACCGCGCCCGACACCGCCGGACUCGUCGCCGUGGGCGAAUCCAUCUCUGUCCUGAACGUCUCGCCGAGGGGCAAGCGGAUGCUGGAUCGGGAGAAGAACGAUUGAAGAACGACGAGACUGAACGAGAUCAGAACGUCAGUCAACACUGGAACUGAUCGCCCAAUCGGACCAGGGUGGUCUCGGAUAUCCGAUCAUCUGCCGAGGCUGGUUAACCCGCUGUGCUGGUGAUACGAACAGAAUUCAUCUCCAUAUUGACCCCUUAUUACGACAUGCCCGCCACCUAGUGGCAGCACAAAGAUGUGCGUCUGUAAGCCUGAACUCGAUAUUAAGCACUGCAGUGUAAAUAUACAUGCGUCUGGACCUCG